AGCUUAAGAAAGUUUAGUUUAUUCUAAACCUAGAAUUGUACUUCGACAAGAGCGAGUAGUAUCUUUGAGCGGGCGCCAGCGCCACCGCCAGCUGCAGGCAGCAACGGCGCUAGUCUUCGCCUGUCUUCCCGGAGUCCGGCGGAAGGCCGGUGCCGAGAGGAGGAAAGGUUCUUCCCAGACACCGCGACCCAUGCUGAGGAAUCUGGUCCGGUCGGGUCAGCUCGCCGACGCGAGGAGCCUAUUCGACGCGAUGCCGCACCGCGAUGAGGUGGCCUACGCCACGCUCCUCUCGGGCUAUGCCAUGGCAGCCGACUUCCCGGGCGCCAUGGCGCUCUUCUCCCGCUUCCGCGCCUCCUACCCGCCUCACGCCGCCGCGGACCCGUUCAUCCUCAGCCCCGUCCUCAAGGCGUGCGCUUCCGCCUCCGCCUCCGCUGCCGCCGGCGCCGGUGCCAGCGUAGGGCUCCUCCACCUCCCCCAAGCCGCGGCGGCGGCCGCGCUGCACGCGUUCGCCGUCCACUCCUCCGCCGUGUCGUCCGUGUUCGUCUCCACGGCGCUCGCGGACGCCUACGCCAAGGCCGGCAGCCUCGAACUGGCGCUCCAGGUGCUCGACGAAACGCCCUGCAAGAACGUGGUCUCUUGGACCACGCUCGUCGCCUCGCUGGCACGGGGCGGUCGGCGGCACGACGCGCUCCGCCGCUUCGCCGAGAUGCGGGCCUCCGGCGUGGACUGCGACUCCCACGCCUGCGCGGCCGCGCUCACGGCGUGCGCCGGUGCGGGGCUGCGGGCACGCGGCCGCGAGGUGCACGCGCUCUGCGCCAAGCUCGGCCUCGACGCCGUGCCCUUCGUCGCCAACGCGCUCGCGGCGCUGUACGCGCGGUGCGGCGACGUCGACCGCGCGCUGGCCGCGGUCGGCCGCAUGGGCACGCGCGACGUUGCCGCGUGGACGACGCUGAUCGCCUCCUACGUUCAGACCGGCCGCGCGGAGGAAGCUAUCGAGGCGUUUGUCAGAAUGCUUCGCAACGAGUCGUCAAAUUCUGCAUCACCGAAUGAGUAUACUUUCUCUGCUGUAAUUGCUGCGUGUCCAAAUAUUGAACGUGCCUAUCUUGGAGAGCAGUUACAUGCACAAGCUGCGCGAAGAGGGCUAUCUCAUACCCGCUCUGUGGCGAAUUCCCUUGUCAAACUCUAUGCACGCCGUGGCCGUCUUUCAGCUGCUGAUGCUAUCUUUCGGGAGAAUGCUGUCAAGGAUGUUGUCUCCUGGAGCACAAUUAUAUCAGGAUAUGCACAGGAAGGCCUGGUCGAGGAGUCUUUUGCCUUGUUCUCAGAAAUGCGGCAUCACAGCAGCUGCCCUCGGCCGAAUGAGUUUACUCUUGCCAGUCUCUUCAGUGUGUGUGCAAGUGCUGCAUCACUGUAUGCUGGACGCCAGCUGCAUGCACUCGCUGUCGCUGCUGGACUUGAACACCAUGCGAUGGUCAGGAGUGCGCUCGUUAACAUGUAUGGAAAGAGUGGUAGCAUGACAGAUGCUAAUGUCAUAUUUUCCAGUCGCACUAGAGAUGAUGUGAUUUCAUGGACUGCAAUGAUCGUUGGGCAUGCUGAGCAUGGUCACAGCAAAGAGGCAUUUCAACUGUUUGAGGAAAUGUGCCGUGUCGGGCUAAAGCCGGACCAUGUUACGUUCAUUGGUGUACUCACUGCGUGCUCUCACGCAGGAGAAGUUGAGCUCGGAUUGAGAUACCUCAAUGCAAUGAACAAAUGCUACGUGGUGGAGCCUGAAAAGGAGCACUAUGGUUGUGUUGUUGAUUUGUUAGCCAGAGCUGGUAGAAUACAUGAGGCUGAGGAGUUGAUUGGAAGAAUUGCUGCUGAUGGAAGAGAUGGUGUGGUUUGGACAUCUUUGCUUAGGGCAUGUGCUGCUCGAGGGGCAGAGGAAACUGGAAAGAAAGCUGCAGAGAGGAUGAUGGAGGCAGAGCCAUGGGGUUCAGGAGCACAUGUGGCGAUGGCAAAUCUCUAUGCUAGCAAGGGGCAGUGGCGUGAGGCAGCACAGGAACGCCAUUUGAUGAAGCAGAAAGGUGUUCUAAAAGGUGCAGGGUGGUCAUCAGUCGAAGUUGGAGGGGACGACAGGGGGGUUGGAGUGUUUGUUUCAGGAGAUCGGACAAAUCCCCAUGACAAUGCAAUCUACAUGAUGCUUGAGCUGAUAUACUAUGGUGCCGGAAUGGUUCACCAAAUCCCUGAUCAGUUGGAUUUAGGAUCUGAAGUGGAGCUAACAGUUUACUAAGUCAUCCUGAAAGAAGCACUUACUGAAAGGGAGAAAUUUACAUGGUACCCUGUCAUGAUGAAACAUCCAUCAGAGGACAACAUAAGGAUACACAUUGUAUCCUUCUCUUCGGUUGCUUCAAGUUAUGAUACCCGUCCAUUUAUCCUAUCUUUCCUUUUUUGUGGUUGGUUUUGCCCUAUUCUAAAGGCACCAUCUAAUCCUUACUUAGGCAUCUGAUAUUUUGUCUGAUGGAAAUAAAUCACUACAUUUAUGGCUGAUGUAUUUCUAAUAAAUGGAACAUAGUGUAGCAUCUCUAGACCAUGGAGAUCUCAAAUGUGUUUAUGAUUAAUCUAACUCUUUUUUUAUUCAUGGCUGUUCAGAUAUUUUUCAUGAAGUGAGAAGAAAGCUGGAUAACAAAAGGAGCAAAAGGAACAGAUGUUGAAGCUCCUUCCUUGAGUGAUAAUGCACAAGGUUCAUUGACGCCGGAUGUCAAUGAAGAUGGCGUUGAAAAAUACACAAAUUCGGAAGAGGGCAAUACAGAAAGUUUGGCAAUUUUUGGACAGUUUUCUGCUUAUGGUAAUGAUAUGCAAUCUGAAUAUACUGAAGUUGUCACUCAUUAAGAUGAUGCCUCGAUUGAGAAAACAGAUGACUUUCAGUCCCAAGGCCUUUCAUUCUGAGUAUAACCAACGUAAGUCAAAAUGAACAUCAUUUUCCUUACCUAUAUUUUCUGGAUGUGGUUGUUCAACUUAUAUGGUUCUUAUAAGACCCUAACACUAAGUAAGUCUGAAGUACUUAUUUGUUCAACUUAUGUAAGUGUCUGUCGGUUUGAGGUUACAUGCAGUGUCGGGCUAAAGCUAGACCAUGUUACAUUCAUUAGUGUACUCGCCGCUUACUCACACACAGGGGAAGUUGAGCUCAAACUGAGAUACCUCAAUGCAACAAACAAAAGCUGCGGGCUGGAGCCUGAAAAGGAGCACUACGGUUGUGUUGUUGAUUUGUUGGGCAGAGCUGUUAGAAUCAUGAGGCUGAGUUGAUUGGAAGAGAUGGUGUGAUUUGGACAUCUUUGCUUAGGGCAUGUGCAGCUCAAGGAACAGAGGAAAGUGGAAUGAAAGCUGCAGAGAGGGUUAUGCAGGCAAAGGCAUGGGGCUCAGGAGCACAUGGGUCAAUGGCAAACCUCUAUGCUAGCAAGGGGCAGUGGCGUGAGGCAGCACAGGAAUGCCAUUUGAUUAACCACAAAGGUGUUGUAAAAGGGGCAGGGUGAUCAUCAGUUGAAAUUGGAGGAGACAAGUGGGGUUGGAGUGUUUGUUUCAGGAAACCAAACAAAUCGCCAUGACAAUGCCAUCUAAGUACAUGAUGCUUGAGUCGAUGUACAAAUGGCAGUGGAGAAGAAGAGGCUUAAGGCAAGUGCAGAUGGAGUGAUUCAAAUACAAUAUAGUUACAUAUUCAAGAUUACGAUUUAACAUGAUGACAAAUCAAUAGUUAUUUAGUCCCCACACUCAAGUAUAUAAAGGGUGGAUGGAACCCUCUGACAAUCCUUGAAUUUACCAAAAGUGAAGUUUCUGGUGCUUCUAGGCUUGUCAAUCACUAAACCAAUUGAAUCUACUUUCCCUCUUCUAACCGGUAUUUACGGAGCUGAAAUGGUUCGCCAUAUCCGUGAUCAGUUUGAUUUAGAAUCUGAAGUGGAGCUAACAGUUACCUGAGUAAUCUCAAAAGAAGCACUUACUGAAAGGGAGAAAUUUACAUGGGGCCUUUCUCAUGACAGUAUCCACCGGAGGAUUUCAUAAGGUCUUGAUAAGGUGAGUGCAACAUUUAGCAUUCAGACAUCUAGGGUGCACUGAAUUCCAGUCCAAGCAAGCAUUCUAAAAACAGCAUCCUAUCCCAAACAAAUUAAAAUUUCUGUGCCUGGUACAAGCUGAAUCGUGCCCAAGUUAAUAUCUGCAUCAGAGUAUUCUAAAAAGGAAUUCUAUCCCAAGGAAAUUAAAACACCUGUGUCUGGUACAGCUGAAUCAUGUCCAAGUUAAUAUGUGCAUCAGAUUUGUAUUGCAGAAGCCCAUUCUUCAGUCUGCCAAACUGAUGUAACCUUGGUGCAUUGCUCGAGUGACUUGGAGCAAAGUUGAAUGUGACUAUCUGCCUGAUGAGCCUUUUUACAGCAAAAGCAUGCAAGAGUGUCUGUGUCAUAUUCAUUCUUUUCGAAAGGGGAGCCAGCCACCAUAUGGAAGGAAAUUUACUCUUCACAAUCACAACAGCAUUAGCACAUCCAUGUUGCACUGGUCUUUAAAUUUGUGCACUAGUAGUAAAUUGUUUCUUGGUUACUAGGUCAAUAUUGCUGUACAGCCUGAUCAUGUUAAUGUUACAAUAAUAGAGGAGUUAACUUUAUCCCAUGUGCCAACUGAUCACAUUUUUACUUUAGAACGUUGACAAUAGAGUGAUGUAAAGGUUAAUGAUGUCUAUUCUAUUAUACAGCCUUUUGACUUUUGUCUGUGUUGAGAUGCCAGGUCCUGGUGCAAAUUUUCUGUGCUUGGUUUCAUGAGCUAGAGAUUGCCACAAGAAGUCUCUUUUUAUCCUUUUGUGUGAACGUGUUGGUUGUUGAAGAACCAAGUACAUUUGUUUCAUGAGUAGUAAAUGAGUGGAAUCUGGAUAUUCAAAGUGCAAGGAGAAUUCCGUUUUGUGUUGAAUGGUGCUA